CUUGAAAUUGGUUGCUAGUCAACCUGAUCGGCUGCCGAAGAUUACUUGAUUGAUUCUUUUGACUUCAGAUAUUAUUUACGAACUAAUUGGUCUUCGCUCAUCGCAAUGUAUCAGGCUAGUAAUGUCUACUUCAUCUGUGGCUUUGCCGCCAUCGGUGGCGGCCUAUUCGGCUUCGACAUCAGCUCUAUGAGCGGUGUCCUGGGCACCGAAGCGUAUAAGAAUUACUUCGACAAUCCCGUCUCAUACCGACAGGGAGGUAUCACGGCCUCAAUGCCCGCUGGGUCGCUGGUAGGCUCGCUCGUAAGCUCUUUCAUCGCCGACCGAUAUUCCCGCAAAGUCGCGCUACAGGUCUCGUGCGUGCUCUGGAUCAUCGGGUCUAUAAUCCAAUGCGCAGCCCAGAAUGUUGGGAUGCUCUGCGCCGGACGCGCCAUCUCCGGUCUCUGCGUCGGCAUCGCCUCUUCUAUAGUCCCCGUAUACCAAUCCGAGAUCGCUCCCAAGGAGAUUCGCGGCCGCGUCGUCUCGCUUCAGCAAUGGGCCAUUACAUGGGGAAUCCUAAUCCAAUAUUUUAUCCAGUACGGUGCGGCGCAGGUCGGAGGCGGCGCCGAGGACCCAUUGCAACCCGCCGCCGCUUUUCGCAUUCCUUGGGGCAUCCAAAUGAUUCCCGCUGUCAUACUCUUCGUCGGUCUCUUCUUCUUCCCAUACAGCCCGCGCUGGCUGGCGUCUAAGGACCGCUGGGAAGAAGCUAUUCGCGUCCUGGCUGCGCUGCAUGGGGGCGGCGAUGGGGGUCAUCCGAAGGUCUUGGCGGAAUAUAAGGAGAUUGAAGAGGCAUUGCGGUUUGAGCGGGAAGAGGCUUCUUCGAGCUUCAAGUCGCUUGUCCAGCCGCGUAUUUUUAGACGUGUUAUUCUUGGAAUGAGUAUUCAGAUGUGGUCGCAGUUGUGUGGGAUGAACAUCAUGAUGUACUACAUCGUGUAUAUCAUGGAGGGCGCGCAGAUCGCAUCGCCGCUCACGACGGCGUCGAUUCAAUAUGUUAUCAAUGUUGUGUUGACUCUGCCGGCUAUCUUGUAUCUUGACAAGUUCGGUCGACGACCUGCUUUGAUUAUUGGUGCAUUUUUUAUGAUGAUUUUCUUGUUCACUUCAGGUGCGCUUCAAGCAGUGUACGGUCAGCCCAACGAUGGCACAGGAUCUAAGGACAUAACCUGGAUAGUCAAAGACAAGCCUGCCGUGUCAAAGGGGAUCGUAGCAGCCUCCUAUCUCUUCGUCGCCACGUUCGCCACCACAUGGGGUCCGACAUCAUGGACAUACCCUGCUGAGAUUUUCCCUAGCAAGGUCCGCGCCAAAGCCGUCUCGCUGUCCACGGCAUCCAACUGGUUCUGGAACAUGAUUCUCGCCUUCGCCGUCCCACCACUACUGUGGUCCAUCAACUGGAAGAUGUACAUGAUCUUCGCGGCGUUCAACGGUGCUGCGUUUAUUCACAUGAGUCUUAUGGCGCCCGAAACCAAGGGCUACACACUGGAGGAAAUGGACGAAGUAUUUGACUCUGGACGACCUGCGUGGAAGACACAUAAGAAGACGAGUAGAUUGGAUCAGCUGGCGCGGGAUAUUGAGCUUGGGAAUGUCAAAGUGUCUGCUCCUCAUCGUGAUGGGAGUGCUACUACGUCGACGGCUGUCGGGUCAGGUACUACUGCGGACGGAGAUGAGAAAUCUGAGGCUCAUGCUCACCAUUUGGAUGUGGGUGAUGAGAAACAACCUGAGGCAUAUUAAUGUAGAUGUUUUCGACUUAUAGUAUGUACGGCGCGGAGGCGAACUUAUGAACGGAUAUAGGCAUCCGAAGAGUAUGAACAAGAGUAAUGGAGAGAAUGUUAUGCAAGCUUUCUUUGAGGAAUAUGGAUUAUAUGAUGUGUCAUGAGGU